AUGCAGAUGGGUCAGAACAGUUCAGACGAGGCCGUGCUGAAGGAACUCGGCAACCGGCUCUCCCGCUAUCGUCUCAACCGCGACCUGACGCAGGAGGCGCUUGCGGAGGAAGCGGGCAUCUCGAAACGCACGCUCAUCCGCCUUGAAGACGGGGAGCCCGUUCAGGCCACCAACCUGAUCCGGGUGCUGCGUGCCCAUGGCCUGUUGCAGAACUUCGAUGCGCUUGUCCCGGAACCGGCCCUCAGCCCCAUCCAGCGGGCAAAGCUUCAGGGCAAGGCCCGCAAGUUGUGGGGCCGGGACAUCGGCGCGGUCAGCUGGGACGUGGACGGCGCGAUCGGCAAUUUCGAAUAUGAUCCCGCCUUCCGCCAAAGCGGCAUUGAGAUCGCACCUUUGACGAUGCCGCUGUCGGAGCGCAUCUACAGUUUUCCCGCCCUGCCGCGGCCGACCUAUCACGGGUUACCCGGGUUGCUCGCCGACUCCCUGCCUGACGAUUUCGGCAACGCCCUUAUCAAUGCAUGGCUUGCCCGCCAGGGCCGGUCUCCCGAGACCUUCAAUCCGGUCGAGCGGCUUUGUUACACUGGAACGCGGGGCAUGGGUGCUCUUGAAUAUCAGCCGGCGCGCGGCCCUGCACUCGACCAGUCUGUCGAGGUCGAUGUCGGAGCCUUGGUCGAUCUUGCCAGCGAGAUCCUGACGAAGCGCAACACCCUGCAAGGCUCGUUUCUACCGGACGAGCGCGAGGAGACUUUGCGGGAUAUCUUGCGUGUCGGGACGUCGGCAGGUGGCGCCCGCGCCAAGGCCAUCAUCGCCUGGAACGAUCAAACCGGCGAGGUCCGUUCCGGUCAGGUGUCGGCGGGCGAGGGUUUCAGCUACUGGCUGUUGAAAUUCGACGGGGUUUCGGGCAACCGGGACAAGGAACUCGACGAUCCGGCCGGCUUCGGCCUGAUCGAAUAUGCCUAUUACCGGAUGGCGAAAGACGCGGGCAUUCAGAUGAGCGAUUGCCGCCUCCUGAAGGAAGGCGGGCGCAGCCACUUCAUGACGAAGCGCUUCGACAGGACGGCGACGGGGCGUAAACUCCAUAUGCAAUCGCUCUGUGCCAUGGAGCAUUUCGACUUCAAACGCGCCGGUGCCUAUUCCUAUGAACAGGCCUUGCAGACGAUCCGGAAGCUCGAUCUUUCCAUCGAAGCGGUGGAAGAGCAAUUCCGCCGCAUGGCUUUCAACAUCAUCGCCCGCAAUCAGGACGACCAUGUGAAGAACAUCGCCUUCCUGAUGGACCGGGCAGGCAGCUGGUCGCUCUCGCCUGCCUAUGACGUGACCUACAGCUACAAUCCGAGCGGCGACUGGACGAGUUCCCACCAGAUGACGCUGAACGGCAAGCGGGAUGGGUUCACUAUAGAGGAUUUCGACGCCUGCGCCCGGCUCGCCUCGAUGAAGCGCGGCCGCGCCAAGGAAAUCGUUCAAGAGGUCCGUGACGCGGUCUCGCACUGGCCGACAAUUGCCGAAGAGACCGGCAUUUCUGACAGCCGCAUUAUGGAGAUCAAACGCAACCAGCGGCUUGCUAUCGCCGGCAGCGGAACCUGA